ACAAUUUUUCUCUUUGCCGAUCAUAAAUCCUUUUAUAUGCCUCAUGGCCUUGUGCUUUUUUGCUUUUUAUUUUUUUGUCUCCAUUUUAUUCUAAAGGGAGAAGAAGAAGGGACACCACUUGCUACUUGCUUUUUAAUCAUCAAUUCAUCAUUGUGAAAGGGCUUUCUGUAGAGAGAUAGAGAGAACAUUAUAAUUAAGGAAGAGAGGCAAAGAGACAGCUUAUGUAUGAGAAGAAGAGAUAUAUUCUUUAGUUCAUGACCAAUUGGAGAAAUGGGUUGGAAAUACAAAGGAGGUUUGAUACUUAUCAUCACAGUUGUGAUCGUUUGGGUCACCUCUGCAGAGGUAACACAGGGUGUUUUCACAGAAUAUAAUCACCCAUUUGCAGUUACAUAUCUGGGAACCUCUCUUUUAGUUGUUUAUCUUCCUAUUGCAUUCAUCAAGGAUUGGCUGCUAAAGUUUAUGAGACAUCAGUCAAGUAGAAGUGAUAAAAAUGAAGGAACCACUGAUAAGCCAUCUGCAGGAAUUGAUUGUUCUGUCAAACAAAAUAAGACACCAGAUAAUUUUGAAAUUGAAUUCCAUGGAACUUCUGCUAAUAAGGACUGUGCUAUAGAUCUUUUCUUAAAGGAGGAUGGAAAUUCAUUAGUCUCUCAGAGCAACAACAAUGUAGACAGCCUGAAAGCAGACAGUAAGCUUACUGCCUGGGAAACUACUAUUGUUGGCUUAUGCAUUGCUCCUCUGUGGUUUCUCACAGAGUAUCUAACAAAUGCGGCACUUGCAAGAACAAGUGUUGCCAGUACAACAUUAUUGUCUUCAACUUCAGGCCUUUUUACUCUUUUGAUUGGCGCGCUUCUGGGUGAAGAAUCCAUCACUGUAGUCAAAGCAAUUUCUGUUCUGGUGAGCAUGGCUGGUGUUGCAAUGACAAUUGUGGGCAAAACUUGGGCUGCUGGUGGAUCACCAUCAAGCACAUCUAAGUAUGUUCUUCUCCUCAUUUGGCGAAAAUGGUCAAAUUAUGUAAUUAUUAGUUUCUUUUCUUCACUUACAUGUUCUAUAAUCUUUGUGUUCAGAGAUCAUAAGCAUUCUCUUCUAGGAGAUCUUUAUGCUGCUCUAUCAGCUUUGACUUAUGGACUGUUUACAGUGCUUCUUAAAAAGUUUGCAGGAGAAGAAGGGGAAAAGGUAGAUGUGCAGAAGUUGUUUGGCUAUAUUGGAUUGUUCACACUCACUACCCUUUGGUGGAUUGUGUGGCCUCUCACUGCCAUGGGUGUAGAACCCAGUUUCAAAUUUCCACGUUCUGCUAAGAUGGAAGAGAUCAUCCUUCUCAACAGUUUUGUUGGGAGUGUCCUAUGUGAUUAUUUCUGGGCAUUGGGAGUCGUUUGGACCAGCCCUCUGGUGGCAGCACUAGGCGUUUCCCUUACCAUACCACUUGCCAUGUUGGAGGACAUGAUGAUCCAUGGUCAGCAGUAUUCAGCAAUUUACAUCAUUGGUUCAGCUCAGGUACUUCUGGGAUUUAUAAUAGCUAACCUCGCAGAUUGGAUUUCCCAAAGGCUAAAAUGGUAGUCCUUGACAUCACCAGAAUUUUUCAAGUACUGUUUUUUUUUUUUUUUUUUGAUAUUGUUUUUCCCAGUGUACUGACUUAUUGCUUGAGCCCUUACUAUGGAUGUGAUGAUGAAUAGUAAUGAUGUUCUUGGCCUUUUAAUGGCUAUAUAUUUAACAAAGAUUACAGAGCUUAUAAAUAUAGAAA